GCCCGCGCGCUGUCGCUUCGGCCCCGCCCCUCCGAGAGCCGAAGCUGGUGGUUUCCAAGACUGUGCUCUCUUUCUUACUGUUCUCCGUACUACCAUGCCUCUGUAUGAAGGCCUGGGGAGCGGCGGGGAGAAAACGGCAGUCGUGAUAGACCUAGGAGAGGCUUUUACCAAGUGUGGAUUUGCUGGAGAAACUGGUCCAAGAUGCAUAAUUCCUAGUGUGAUAAAAAAAGCUGGCCUGCCUAAGCCUAUCAAAGUUGUUCAAUAUAAUAUCAAUACAGAAGAAUUAUAUUCCUACUUAAAGGAAUUCAUCCACAUACUGUAUUUCAGGCAUCUAUUGGUGAAUCCUAGAGACCGCCGAGUUGUGGUUAUCGAGUCGGUAUUAUGUCCUUCCCACUUCAGAGAGACACUCACUCGUGUUCUUUUCAAGUAUUUUGAGGUUCCAUCUGUCCUACUUGCUCCAAGUCAUCUAAUGGCUCUUCUGACACUUGGAAUAAAUUCGGCCAUGGUUCUGGAUUGUGGAUAUAGGGAGAGCCUCGUGUUACCUAUAUAUGAAGGGAUCCCAGUACUAAAUUGUUGGGGAGCACUCCCUCUAGGAGGAAAAGCUCUUCACAAGGAGUUGGAAACUCAGCUACUGGAACAAUGUACUGUUGACACAGGUGCUGCUAAAGAGCAGAGCCUUCCCUCUGUGAUGGGUUCAAUUCCAGAAGGUGUCCUAGAGGACAUUAAAGUGCGCACUUGCUUUGUAAGUGAUCUGAAACGUGGAUUAAAAAUCCAAGCAGCAAAAUUUAAUAUUGAUGGGAAUACUGAGCGUCCCUCACCACCCCCAAAUGUUGACUACCCAUUAGAUGGAGAGAAGAUUUUACAUGUUCUUGGAUCAAUCAGAGAUUCGGUUGUGGAAAUUCUUUUUGAACAAGAUAAUGAAGAGAAAUCAGUUGCCACUUUAAUACUGGAUUCUCUUAUACAGUGCCCAAUAGACACCAGAAAGCAGCUCGCAGAGAAUUUGGUAGUCAUAGGUGGCACGUCGAUGUUGCCAGGAUUUCUCCACAGAUUGCUGGCGGAAAUAAGGUAUUUGGUAGAAAAACCAAAAUAUAAAAAAGUACUCGGCACCAAGACAUUCCGAAUCCAUACUCCACCUGCAAAGGCCAAUUGUGUGGCGUGGUUGGGAGGAGCUAUUUUUGGUGCACUACAAGACAUACUUGGGAGCCGUUCAGUCUCAAAGGAAUAUUAUAAUCAGACAGGCCGUAUACCUGAUUGGUGUUCUCUUAACAACCCUCCGUUGGAGAUGAUGUUUGAUGUCGGAAAAGCUCAGCCACCUCUGAUGAAGAGAGCAUUUUCCACUGAGAAAUAAAAGUUUGAUUAAAAUUCAGCUUUGCUUCAUAUCAAGUAUCUAAUCGAUUAUAAGCAAAUGGUACAAAGUAUAUAGGAUGCUCUUAGAGAUGACUUUAUGGCAAUGAAAACAUUUCUGUAAUGACUUUUUGCAUUGCGAUUCUUUUGACUUUUGUUUUUCUUGUGUAGUGGUAAAAUGGUAGCUGAUGCUUAAUGAAAUUUGUUGUAUUUAUAUCAAUAAAAUAUAGUAAAGCGGUUUAA